AUGAAGAGGCGGUCGACGCAGAUGAAGGAGACAGCAAACUCUCCCUUCAAAUCCUCUGCAGGGACAAGACAGAAGCGCGGUGUACCUAACUGGGCGAUGACAUCUUCGGAUUUCUUCGGCUGGGUGGAGGAGCUGAGGAAACACGCCGGCUACGACCGAAUCGAUGACCUGGCCCGAACUUUCUGGGCUCAUUUUCCCUCCGCAGACCGACUCGGAUAUGGAGCGGACGAACCGGAUGAGUAGAAGCCCUGCUGUGAUGAAUCACUGAACAACUGAGGAGCUGAAAUGAACAAAAGCUGAAAUUCACUUCACUGAAUAAAGACUCGUUGUUGUCAACUUUUUUUUUUUUUUUUACAGGAUGUUGCAACACGCUUCGUCCUGCGUCCUUUCUGUCCAUAUUCUCCUCUUAUUGUUGGAAGAGUCCAGAUGUCUCCUCCGCUUGCACAAAUACGCUGUCAUACAGAAUUAAUUGAAUUAACACUGUCAGCAUUCAUGUGAAAAUGAUUGCUGGUUUGGUCUCCUCCCAGUCACAGCUGUUUUCAGUCUCAGAGUCAGACAAGAAGACCAUCAUGUGGAUGAGGAUCUGAGCUGUGUGGCCCAAGCAAAGAUUUUCUCCUUUCACAGUUUCCAAACCACUUUUAUUCUGCUGGAGGUCAAUUUAAAUGGGUAUUUAGUAGUGUUACUGAUCAAUUCAGGCCCACAUCUUGACAUUUUAGUGCAAAUUGUUUGAAUUUUACGUUUUGUCUUAUAAACACGCAUAGCGACUGCCCUCUACAGGUUGAACCCUGGCUAUUGCAAUUGAAUUUUUUUAAGCGGCUGAUCCGGAACCA